AUGAUGGUUAGGGAGAUCGAGAGUGAGGGAAGGACAACGAAGCAGCAUAACCAUUCUAGCGGUGAUGACAAUGCAGUGGUGGUGACAAUAAUGGAAAAAUUCCAUGCUCUAUUGUUCAAGUGGGCUUCAGGGAGAGUCGAGGGGGGAUGGAUGAAGAUGAGAGUAAUGGGGAUGGCACUCACUUUGAAAGAGGAGGAUGCAGCUCACUGGGUUUACAGAGGGGAAGGAGCUGUUAAUCUUGUGCUCGCUUACACUGGAUCCUCUCCUUCUUUUAUUGGGAAAGUGAUCCGCAUACGUAAGGCUCCAAAGAAUGGAUUGCAGUCAAACGGUGUGAGUGUGAGGAAUAGCAUAGCUUUGACUCCUCAUGAACUUGUCAUCUGGAAAGAUGCGCAUCAACUUAUUUCCUCUUCUGACAAGGACAUUGCUGAUCAACUAUAUGUGGAGCAUGUUAUGAAGCCCUUACUUGGUUCCAACUUUGUUGAUGCUGGGGUAUUCAUGCUUAAUGCCUUUGAUGCCUUCAUGCUCGUCUUGGUGACCAGGCAUUUCCUUGAGUUAGUUGAGAAGAAUGUUACUUGUUAUCGUCCUGUGUGGCGAGUUGAUGCUGCUCGGGUUGAUACACAUUGUGAUUUUGGCCUUCUCAUGUCUGAUCAUUCACUUUUUGCUCAUGCUGAGAUAUCAUCAAUUUCAAGUAGUCAAGGACCUAGCCCUUGCUUAUCUAUUGAGAUAAAGCCCAAAUGUGGAUUUCUUCCAAUGUCAAGAUUCAUAUCUAAAGGGAAUGCUAUCAAAAGGAGAAUAACUCGAUUUGAAAUGCACCAAACUCUGAAAUUGCUUCAAGGAGAGAUAUCACAGCUAAGUGACUACAAUCCACUUGAUCUGUUCUCUGGAUCCAAGGAAAGAAUUCAAAAAGCGGUUAAAAGUCUCUUUUCAACUCCUCAAAACAAUUUCCGUGUAUUUUUUAAUGGCUCUCUCAUACUUGGAGGACUGGGAGGUGUUGCAAAAAAUACAGAUGUUUGUAUUGCUAAAAAAUUUGAAGAUGAACUUAAGUCAGUCAUUCAAGCUGAUGAUGGUUUGUACACAGAGUACUUAUUUACUCUUGUUACUGAGGCUUUGCAAAACUCAGGAGUCCUUGAUAAGCUCCUGGAGGUUCAGAAGCUUGAUAAUAUUGACAUAGAAGGAGUCAUUCAUGCAUAUUAUGACAUUACAUCUCAACAGUGCAUGGUGUGUAAGGCAUUGAGUGAAGAACAGGCAAAAACAUAUGCCUCUUUGCAUUCAGCUUCAUUUGAUGAAAGCUUGAGAAUUGUAAAGGACUACCUAAUAGCAGCAACUGCAAAAGACUGCAGUUUGAUGUUGUGUUUUAGACCAAAGAAUGAGGAGGAUUCUCGAUUGGUGUACAAUAAUGUAUAUCUUGAGUCAACUAACCAGGCCUUUGAUUUUAAGGUGUAUUUUAUCGACCUCGAUUUAAAGCGCUUGAGUAAAGUGGAAGACUACUAUGAAUUAGAUAAGAAGAUAGUGAGCAGCUACAAACAAAUGAUCAAAAUGGAUCAAGGAAGAAAUAUGUAA